AUGUCCCGACAUAUUUACACCCGCCACGGGAUAGGCGACGGUGUCCAAAAGCAGCCAGUGUUCCAGGCCAACCGAGGCACCUACUCGCGCCGCAGUAGGCUCAAGAGGUCGGACGGCAGCACCACCUCCACCAGCUUCAUCCUCAGACAGGGCUCUGCGGACUCCUACACGAGCAGGCCGUCAGACUCGGAUGUGUCCCUGGAUGAGGAGAAGGAUGGGGGCCGCCAGGAGAAGGAGCAGCUGGCAGCACAGCAGCUGGAGAGGGCCAAGGGUAAACCGGUCGCUUUUGCGGUGAAGACCAACGUCAGCUACUGCGGCGCUCUGGAUGAGGAUGUCCCGGUGGCGGGAACGGCCAUUUCAUUUGACACCAAGGACUUCCUCCACAUCAAAGAGAAGUACAACAAUGACUGGUGGAUAGGGCGCCUGGUGAAGGAGGGCUGUGACAUCGGGUUCAUCCCCAGCCCCCUCAAACUGGAGAGCGUUCGGCUUCAGCAGGAGCAGAAGAGAGGACGCUUUGGCGGUAAGACCAGCGGGAAUUCCUCCUCCAGUCUGGGAGAGAUGGUCACAGGCAGUUUCAAACCCAAUCCACCCUCUGCUGGAAAACAGAAGCAGAAAGUGGCAGAACACAUUCCUCCCUAUGAUGUUGUCCCGUCUAUGAGGCCUGUGGUCUUAGUGGGUCCCUCUCUCAAAGGAUACGAGGUGACUGACAUGAUGCAGAAAGCACUCUUUGACUUCCUCAAGCACAGGUUUGACGGCAGGAUAUCAAUCACGAGAGUGACUGCAGACAUAUCUCUGGCCAAGAGAUCUGUACUCAACAACCCCAGUAAGAGAGCCAUAAUUGAGAGGUCUAACACCAGAUCUAACUUGGCUGAAGUUCAGAGCGAGAUCGAGCGGAUCUUCGAGCUGGCGCGGUCGUUGCAGCUGGUGGUGCUGGACGCCGACACAAUCAACCAUCCAGGGCAGCUCAUCAAAACCUCCCUAGCCCCCAUCAUCGUGCACGUCAAGGUGUCUUCUCCCAAGGUGUUGCAACGGUUGAUAAAGUCACGUGGGAAGUCGCAGAGCAAGCACUUGAACGUUCAGCUGGUGGCAGCUGACAAGCUGGCGCAGUGUCCCCCAGAAAUGUUUGACAUCAUCCUGGAUGAGAACCAGCUGGAGGAUGCGUGUGAGCACCUGGCGGAGUACCUGGAGGCCUACUGGAGGGCCACGCACACCUCCCUCAGCACCCCCCUCAACCCCAUCCUGGGCAGGAACCUGGGCUCCACCGCUCUCUCCCCAUACCCAGCAGGGAUGCAGGGUCAGAAAAACAAGCAGGGCAACCACACAGGAGGGGGAGGAGAACUGUCCCCGGCCGAGAAGCGCAGCCUGAUGACGGCCGACGAAAACUACCACAACAACGAGCGGGCCCGGAAGAACCGCAACCGGCUCUCCUCGGACUCCCAGCAGAGCCGGGACAACUACCCUCUGGUGGAGGAGGACUACCAAGACCCCUACCAGGACACCUACAAGCCCCACCGCAGCAGAGGCUCUCCGGGCGGCUACAGCCAUGAGGCCAGGCAGAGGCUAUGAGGCCGGGGUGGAGCUAUAGGGGGGUGCAAGCAGGGCUUUUGCCGUUGGGCCCAGGGCCCUCCUGUAUGGGUAGUGGGGGGGCCCUAUCAUAAUCUUGGUAGGCUGAAUGGGUUGCCCUAUAGGUGUUUUGCCGUGGGGCCCUGACUGUGGGCACUUGUUCCACCACUGAGGCUACAAUUCUCCACACUACUAAACUUCACGACUAGCUGCCCUCAGUCCGCCGCCUCCAUUGCAGCGCCAAAGCGAAAAUAGAAGAAGAGAGAAGAACUCACAAAAUGCAAACUGAAAAAAAAUAUAUAUAUACUAUACUGGCAUCUCUCGCUCUUUUCUAUUGUCUGUAAAAGCCCACACCACCCUGUAAAAGAGCCAGUCUGAGAUGGCUCCUGUAACUCAAUUGUGUCCUGAGUGUUGGAAAGUGAAAGUGUUGUAAUCCAGUCGCUUAUAUCCGUCAGUGCAGUGCAGUGAAGUGCAGUGGCUGACAGUAGUGGGCCGCAAAGCCACAAGUGCGAACCUCGGCCAAUCAAAACACAAGACACCCAAAAAUAAUCAUUACAGCUGCAUAGCAGAAAGAGUCCUACUGCGGAUAUGAUGUUUUCAUCGAUGCCACAGUAUAUAUACAUAUAUAUAUACAGUAGAGGCGUAUAGUGAAGUAUCUAUAUGUGGGUAGACAUAUGUAUGUUGCUGGUACAUUUCUAUGAAGCCAUGACGGAGAGUGCUAUUACCUCUUCCAAUUUCCUGGU